AUGACUGACACUUCUGAAGCAGUUUCAAAAUUUGAAGAGAUGUUUGCCAGUAGAUUCACAGAAGAGGACAAAGAAUACCAGGAGUACCUGAAGCGACCUCCCGAGUCCCCACCAAUUGUUGAGGAAUGGAAUAACAGAGCUGGUGGAAACCAAAGAAACAGAGGCAGCCGGUUGCAAGAUAAUAGACAUUUUAGAGGUGGGGACAACAGCCGAGGGUGGCCAAGUGACAAUCGGUCCAAUCAGUGGCAUGGACGAUCCUGGGGUAACAAUUACCAGCAACACAGACAGGAGCCUUAUUACCCCCAACAGUAUGGACACCAUGGUUACAACCAGCGGCCUCCAUAUGGUUACUACUGA